AUGCGUCAAAGAGUGCGCUCAGGGUCCCUACAGAUGCACGGCGAGACGCAGUGCCGGCAUGGCACAAGCCGAUGGGUCAGGAGCAUGAACGCCGAAGAGAGGCUUGACGCUGGGACCAGAUAUCCGUUCGGAAGCCCAGAUGGAUGCGGCUUUCCGAAGCGCCGACAAAGUGUGACGACGAUCAACCGGACAGAGACCGAAGAUGGUGUCAAAGCGGGGGCGGUGGAUGUACCUAGCUUAGUGAACAGCCGAAGCUGCACCUUUAGCGCUGUCUGA